CCUUCCUCCUCGCGUCUCUCGCUCCCAAGCAGCAGCCGCCGCCGCCACGGCCAGAGCUCGACUCGCUCCCUACAGGUAAGGAUGGUGAGAAUCAGCGUGCUGAAUGAUGCUCUCAAGUCCAUGUACAAUGCUGAGAAGCGUGGCAAGAGGCAGGUCAUGAUCAGGCCUUCUUCUAAGGUCAUCAUCAAGUUCCUUAUCGUCAUGCAGAAGCAUGGAUACAUCGGUGAGUUUGAGUACGUUGAUGAUCACAGGUCUGGCAAAAUCGUGGUCGAAUUGAAUGGCAGGCUGAACAAGUGUGGUGUCAUCAGUCCUCGCUUUGAUGUUGGUGUCAAGGAGAUUGAGGGAUGGACUGCCAGGCUUCUUCCAUCUCGGCAGUUUGGUUACAUUGUGCUGACAACUUCUGCUGGGAUCAUGGACCAUGAGGAAGCAAGGCGCAAGAAUGUUGGUGGCAAAGUCCUUGGCUUUUUCUACUGAAGUGGAAGUUCAGAAAGUACUUCAGAUAUGUUAGUAGGAUAUUUUCCAGAGAACUCCUAAGUUGUCUUUUUUGUCUGACUAGCUGCCGCGGCUUGUUAAGUUAUUCUGGAAUCUGUAAUGCACUUCUGGAUUGGGUGCCUUUGUUUGAAACUAUGAGCUGUGCCUGUCGUUAAUUCUGAAAUCUAUAUCCUAUCUUGAUGUUAUUCCAUUGAGAUCA